UUUUUAUCUGAUUGCUGAUAGUAGUUAAGUGAUCAGAUCACUGAUCAAUAAUCGCGUUUAGUUCGCAAUAGUGGUAAUCCCCGAAACCAUGUCUUUCCUAACUAGAGGAGAAAUGCAAUUUUUAAAAGUUGCCAAAUUUUUAGGAAUCUUGCAAGGAUUCACAUAUGCAAUCCUUUCGUUAAUUUGUAUAAUUCUGUACAUAAAAAAAGACAUCAGCUUCGACGUUGACUCAUAUAUGGAUACUGUUAGCUACUACAUGUACGAACUUUUCUUAAGUUCCCGAGAUUAUGAAAUCAAACUAUUCAAGAGCCAAACAAUGAUCCCAGCAACAUUCGCAAUUUUCGCCUGGAUUCACUUCAUCUUCAAUCUGCUCUGGUUGGGAUUCUCUCUCAAUAUGUCACAACAAAACCACUUGAAAAUUGCACAGAAAGCCAAAAACUGGGCCGUUAUCACGCUAGUUGUGUGCCUACUUGACUUCAUAACUGUGGUUGUGUUGGGAGCAGACUAUGGAAAAUGUUUAGAUGCAACGAAAAAAUCCUACAUUUCUACAAAUCGUAUUGCCAUGCAACAAAUUUGUGCAAAUGGUUUUCUGCCACCUCUUGUGAUCGCAGCAAAAGGUUUCACUUUGUGGGUCGUUAAUUUAAUUCUUGCCAAAAAAAUGUUCAACUGGAGCAAGGAAUUGAGACAGAGGCAAGGAACGGGUCAGGUUUUAGUCCAACCAAGUGUUCCAGUUGGGUUUUUGACGCCUCAACCUCAACCAGUGGUUCCCAAUGCAUACGUUACACAACCUCAAAAUGUUAACAGGAAUCAAUUUGAAUAUCCGAACGUUCAUAUUCCAGAACCGGAUUAUCACUACCAGCAAAAUGUGCAACCACAUGGCAGAAAAUAUUGAGGAGUGAAAGAUAGUUGUUUCGUUUUUUUUGUAAAUUAAUCAGAGUCAAAUAAAAUGUUCAUGCUUU